CUCUCUGACGUCAGAACCGGAAAUGGAUGUCUGAAGCUGGUUGACGCGAAUUAAACCACACGACCAGUUUUUUUUUUCUUUUAAAAAUAAUUACCAGCCAUGGUUGGGAGAACUAGAGUGGUGCGAACAUUUUAUAAAAACAAUUACCAAUUUAUAUUAAUAUUACUGUUUGUAUUACUGCUAAGUGCCAUUUUGUUUUGGCCUAAUUCAAACAAGCCAUCUGAAGUUUACCAUUUCAAUUUUCAAACUGCUGAAAAAAGUAGAGAAGUUAAAAUCCUGUCAACUAGUUCCCAGCCAUUAUCUCAUAAUCAAGACUGCAUCUUCCACACAUGUAUGGAUGUUUACCACUGUGGAUACAAUGAUGAUACCAAAAUCAGUGUUUACGUAUAUCCUUUUGAAAAAUUUGUGGAUGAGAAAGGAAUUGGUAUUUCUCAGCCCACCUCUCCUGAAUUUAUGGAAAUUGUACAGACAAUUGCUAAUAGUCCAUUUUAUACACGUUCACCGGAGUCUGCUUGUAUAUUUGUUCCAUCUAUUGACAUGCUAAAUCAAAACACUUUUAGAAGUGAAGAAAUGGGACAAGCUCUUGCAACAUUACAUUCUUGGAACAAUGGGACCAAUCAUCUCUUAUUCAACAUGCUCCCUGGAGGCAUGAUGGAAUAUAGUACUAUUCUUAGUGUCAAGACAGACAAGGCUAUCAUUGCAGGAGGUGGAUUUUCUACAUGGACUUACCGAGAGACUUAUGAUGUAUCCAUUCCUGUCUUCAAUCCUCUUGUUGCUAAGGUUAAGCUCCCUAAUUUACCUAUCACUGAAACAAGAAGAUGGCUAUUGAUAUCAGCUCAGGCAGGUUUGCACCGUGAAUAUAGAGAAGAACUGAAUCACCUAGCGCGCGGAGAUGGACGUCUUUUGUUGCUCGAUCGAUGUCAGAGUGAUGAGAAACCUUCUAAUUUCUCUCAGAGAUGCCGGGAAUCUGUUGUCUACAAAUAUCCUGAAGUUUUACAGAAUGCUACAUUCUGUCUGGUUAUUCGUCGGGCUCGUUUGGGCCAGUCAGCAUUCAGUGAUGCCUUAAAAGCUGGUUGCAUCCCUGUUACUGUUGCUGAUGGUUAUGUAUUACCGUUUUCUGAAGUUCUUGACUGGAAAAGAGCUGCUGUGGUCAUUCGAGAAGAUGAACUUGGCCAAGUGCUAAAUAUUGUGAAGGCUUUUUCAAUGGAACGAAUCUAUGAAAUGAGGCGACAAGUUCAGUUUUAUUGGGAUCGAUAUUUCAAGUCCCUGAAAGAUAUUACUUUAACCACUUUACAAAUUAUAAAUGAUAGGGUGUUUCCCUAUGCUGCACGCCCCUAUGAGGAUUGGAAUGAACCACCUUCACUUGGAGUUCGACGCCAAGUGUUUCUGCCCAUGAUUACACCUCAGUCACCUGGUUUUACUGCUGUCAUUUUGACCUAUGAUCGUCUUGAUUCACUGUUUAAUGUAAUUCAGCAAGUGGCUCGUGUUCCAAGUUUGGCAAAAGUAUUUGUUGUAUGGAAUAACCAAAAUAAAGAACCUCCUCAGAGUUGGCCCAAAAUAGGUAAACCAUUAAAAGUUGUGAAGACACGUGAAAAUAAAUUAGGAAACAGGUUUUUCCCUUACAGUGAAAUUAAAACAGAUUGCAUUUUGGCAUUAGAUGAUGAUAUCAUAAUGUUGACAGCUGAUGAAUUAGAAUUUGGUUAUCAGGUUUGGCGAGAAUUCUCAGAUCGAUUGGUGGGUUUCCCAUCUCGAGUACAUUUACUUGAUAAUGUCACUCAAAAGUGGAAAUAUGAAUCAGAAUGGACCAAUUCCAUAUCUAUGGUGCUUACUGGAGCAGCAUUUUAUCACAAAUUUUACAACUUCCUCUAUACUUAUUCAAUGCCAGGCAACAUCAAAACCUGGGUCGAUGAACACAUGAACUGUGAAGAUAUUGCAUUUAAUUUCUUGAUUACAAACACCACAGGUAAAGCACCAAUAAAGGUCACACCACGCAAAAAGUUCAAGUGUCCAAAAUGUCUUAACAACAGUUUUCUGUCUUUAGAUUUAAAUCACAUGGUUGAACGUACAGAAUGCAUCAACAGGUUUGUAGAUAUAUAUGGCACUGUUGCUCUCCGAACUGUGGAAUUCCGGGCAGAUCCAGUGCUUUAUAAAGAUAACUUCCCUCCUAUGCUGAAGAAAUUUAAUGAUAUUGGAAGUUUAUGAUAAAAAAAACCCAUAUGUAAAUAUCAUUAUUUUUCUUCCACUGUAAAUUUUAUAUUUUUUUUCAUUAACAUGAUGUUAUCAGUGAUAACACAAAUGGAUCUGUAUAGAAACAUACCUACAAAACCUGGUUAUUUGUAAAAAAGUCGACUUAAACAUAUAUUGCCUGAAUAUAAGGUGAGGCCUGUUUAUUCUUAUGCAUUAUUUCUGAAAAUUUGUUUGAUUUUUUUUUUUAAUAUUUGAAAUUUUGCAAAGUUUUAAAUAUUAAAAGAAAAAGGAAAUAUUACAAUGUAAUAAUUACAAGAAUAUAGAAAGAAGAAAGUGAAAGGACUUGUGAGGUUUAAGCAUUGACCACUUCCAAACCUUAUUCUUUCUAUUGUGUUCUUGGGCAAGACACACAGCUCUACUUGUUGCCUCAGACUACCUGACUGAUAAGUGUUUUAUUCUUACAGCUUGAUUCUUGAGCUGUAAAAAUAAUUGAUUCUACCUUACACAAACCUUUAAUCCAUGAUCGCAUGGAAAAAUGGGAGAAAAAAAUUCAGUUAACUUUUAUAUACUUGUAGUUUAAAUAUAUAUGUGUGUAUUUAUAUAUGUAUGUAUGUAUAUAUAUACACACUACUGGCAUUAUGUGAAACUAAGGUGCUGUAUUGGAUACCUGUGUAUUCUGUUGAAUGUUCAGCAGUUUUAGGCAAAGUCUGAAAUGAACUUAUUUGAUUCUGACCAUAUACACUUUACCAAGCUAUUUUGAUAUAACAUCUGGUUAUUUUGUAGAAGGUGUAGCAUUUUUUAUGCUAAUUGUAGUAUGACAGACAGCAGGGACUGGACAUUUUAUUGAUAAAUUGAAAUUAUCACAGUAAUAUCUAUUAUUAAUAAUUAGUAUAAUAGUAAAUUGUAUAUUAUAGUGACAGCUAUUAUAAUUGUCUAAUAUAUUGUGAUAUCUAUUAUAUUGUAAUAUAAUAGACAAGAGAGAUGAGGGUGUUGUAUUAGUGCUCUUAUACUGAAUCCUAAACAAAUUAUAAUAAUAUAUAUGUAUAUACAACAAUAUUAGUAUAUAUAUAAUUUGCCUAUAUCUGAUUGAAAAGGGCAUAUAAGUCUAAAUAAGGGACUAGUAGUAAAGUUGGGCUUAUGAUCCUUCACAUUUGUACUAGGAGUUUUAAAAACGUAGUGUUCUGUUCUAUCAUCCAGAUGAAAUCCUUCAACUAUUUUCUUUGUUUGUAAGUUAAUACUCAAUAGGAUAUUUUCAGAAGUUAAUUUAUAAUUUUUAAGAAUUUAUUUCCUAAUCAGAGAAGAAUAGGGUUUGUAAUCCCACUGGUAUAUAUUACCAGUUUUAUCUGUGUGCAGCUCCUUAACUGAUAAGUGAAACUUUAUAUCCUGAUUAUAUUCUAUUGUUCAUCUUCAAAGCUAGUUAUAGGUUACAUGGUAGAGUUCUGCCAAGAUUUAAAUAUAUACUUUAAUCCAUCAUCAUUAUUGACUAGAUCAGUGUUCUUCCUAUCAAAGUGACUCAUUUGCCAUCUCAUAUGGUGUAUAAAAGUGUUAGUUUUAUCUAUCAGAUUUUUCAUUUAUUCUUUUUUGGGUGGUAGUGAUGUCUUUUAAAGGUGUUUAAUAAAUAGUUUCUCCAUUACAAGGUAUUCCACUGUAAGUGCUUAGAGUUAUUCAAGUAAUAAUGUAAAGAAAUAGGGAUUUUAAAUCAGGGAAGGUAUCUUGUGAGCACACUAAUACAAUCCAGAUCUGGUUAACCACAUCAAAUGAUAGGGAACAUUCAGAAUCGUUCAAGAUCAGCAAUUAAACUGUACUUCAUUUGAUUGCUAAAUCCCGAGUUCACUUCACUGGAUUCUAUGUCACAUAGAGAGUAUAUAAUCAAGACAUGAUAAGGUAAAAUAGAGAAUUAUACAUCUUCAAAAUUUAUUUAUUAACUUUCUUCAUAUUCCAUUCUAACAUGUGUUUCUACUGUAUAGGUGUCUAAUGCAGCCUUUGGAGCUCAAAUAGCCACAAAUAUAUUUGCAAAUUUUUCACUGUAUUAGAUAGACACUUUCCACCAUCCAGCAAAUACAGUGGCAUAUUCAAUAAACACAUGAUCAGGUUUACUUUUUUGACAACCAGAAAUCUUGUCCAAAUUAUUGCAGUCUACAAUUUUAAGAGAAUUAGAGAGUUCACAUUAGUGAACUCAAUAAACGCAAAUAAUCACACAAAUAUAAAUAAUAAUAAUAAUAUGACUGGUAAUAGUAGCUAUCUAGUUGGGGUGGGGCAUGAUAUGAAGGGAGGUUGUCAACAACUGUAUGGCUAGCAUAGUGGAAACAGUAAUGAAUUUACUGAAGUUAAUGUAAGGGAGGUAACUGAGCUCAAUUUACAUUCCCAUUAGUUAAAUAAACUGAGCAUGGAAUACAAUAGCAUACCUAAUUUAAUCUUUUGUGAAACUAAUAUCCAGAAAGUAAUAGCUAACACUCUAAGCAGAAUGUAUAAUACUUCUGAUAGUAACAGGCAUAAGGUUUAUGACAAUAGGCAUAAUUGUAACUGCUUGCAGGAAAAUGUCUCAAAACGUCUGCUUGCAGAAAAUAUCUCAAAGAUAAUAUAGUAUAUAAACGACUGAAGGUAUUUCUAAUUAUUACAUAGAUUCAUGUUCUACUGACUUUAAAAGAAGAUUAUGUGAUCAUCUUUCUUCUUUCAAAAACAGAGAAAAAAAAUGAACUGUACAAGUUAGAGUGGAUUCAUUUGAACUUUAAAAGAUAGGGACACCAAAUAAUUAACCAUUAAAUGUUUUCUUCAUGGUAGUACAUCACCAUAUACUGAUGGGAGUCAGAAAUAUGAUCUCUGCUUGGAAGAAAUAUUCUAUGUUC